UGUGUGUAUUACAUAUUCGUGUUGACAACUAGGUCAAGAUCCUAGUUCAUAAUUAUUUCUUUGCUAAUUUCGAAAUAACAUCGACGAAAUUGCUCAUGUGCUGUGUAUGACGUCACAGGAGUAAAUCUUCUUUCUUAUAAACUAUAUAUAUAACAAAUAAAUUAAAUAAUAAACAUACCCGACUUGGAAUCAAAUCCAUAACUGGAUUAAUUUCGACGCAAUAAUGGAUGGCAAUAGAGUUAAACAUUCAGACAAUAGCCAAGGAGAGGACAGUGGAAUAGGAUGCUGUGGAUGCGUUUUAAUGGGACUAUCAUAUGUUUUGGUUGCUUUAUUUUUCCCAUUUUCACUCUGCAUGACGAUAAAGAUCGUACAAGAAUACGAAAGGGCAGUCAUUUUUCGACUUGGACGUGUGCUUCCUGGAGGAGCCAAAGGUCCAGGAAUGUUCUUUAUAUUACCAUGUCUUGAUGAGUUCAAAAAGGUCGAUCUUCGAACCGUGUCGUAUGAUGUCCCACCCCAGGAGAUUUUGACGAAGGAUUCCGUAACAGUAGCCGUAGACGCUGUAAUUUACAGCCGUAUUUUCGACCCUACAAUGUCUGUGUGUAAUGUGGAAAACGCCGACAGUUCUACAAGAUUGUUAGCAGCUACCACUCUCCGAAAUGUCCUCGGAACUAAAAACAUGUCUGAAAUUCUCACUGACCGAGAUUCAAUUGCUGCUCAAAUGCAGCACAUUUUGGAUGAAUCGACAGAUCCCUGGGGAAUCAAGGUAGAAAGGGUCGAAAUCAAGGAUGUCAGACUUCCGGUACAACUCCAGAGAGCCAUGGCUGCAGAAGCAGAGGCUUCUCGAGAAGCCCGCGCCAAGGUUCUUGCAGCCGAAGGUGAACAACGUGCAUCACGUGCGCUGAAGGAAGCAGCCGACAUCAUGGCCCAAUCACCAGCCGCCAUUCAGCUCCGUUAUUUGCAGACGUUGAACAGCAUUGCAGCAGAGAGAAAUUCGACCAUUGUUUUCCCAUUGCCAAUGGAUUUAUUGAAAGGAUUUGCAAAAUAAUAGAGUCAAAUGUGCUGGAAUGCGGACUCGGCAUGUAGUUCUAAAGCUGACCACAUACAUCCGAUACGUACUCGCUUCUUAAAUUUUUUAACGUUUGAUUUCUUCGUUGAUUUUUUUGCAAGAUAUGUAAUGAAACGGUAUUAAAUGCAUGACUUUCUUUUUCUAAUUUAAACUUUUAAGAAGAGUAUCUGAAAUUACACGUUUUGUUAUUGUAAACUUUGUGUGUUGUAAAGAUAACUAAAAUUUACUGGAGUUUUUUUCACAGUAUUAAGCGAGCACAGUUUCACCUUGUAUGCAAUGAAUACGUUUUACAAAUUAAAAAAAAAAAAAGAUAUUAAAAUUGUGUGCUGUUUUCAGUCCGACCUAUAUAAAUCGAAAAACAAAAAUUGUAAAAAAAAAUCAGAUGGAAUUUGUAACUAUUUUCCUGCAUAAAUUUGGCUUCUGAGACAUUUUGAAGAUUACCUACCUUAAGAAUACCAUUUAUGCUAUUUGUCAGCUCGAAAUCCAUUCAAAAACCAUGAUAUUUUGCAGAACGUUGAUUAGAUUUUUGUAAAUUUUCAUGUAUGGUUUCGGUUUUUGUAGCUUUCCUUCACUUUUUGUGUGUUUAAAUAUAGGAUUUUUUAAAGUCGAAAGCAAUCUGUGAUGCCAUUUAAAAAUGAUAUAAUUUGAUGUGCCAUUAAGUGCUGAGAAAUCUGUGCUAGUACGUACACUGUUUGUUAAAUCUAAUAUAUUUUAUACUUUGUAUGAUACUAUGUAUUAUUCAUAUAUGUCAAUAAACUGGUUUCUUUAAACAA